GGCAGCUCAUUUGCGACAUCAGCACCUUUCGAAAAGAGUCACUUUCUUUGUAAUAGAACCGAUUCCUGUUUCUGUUCCCACAAUAUGGCUGAAUUGUCUGGCAAAUUCCAACUGAGCGAUGCUGACGAGGAGAACUUUGACAAGAUCAUGGCAGCCGUCGGUGUAGCGGAGGAAAAACGAGCCCGAGGACGAGCUCUUCGACCGACCGUUCAAUUUUCACGAGCCGGUGACGAUUACACCAUGCUUUACAUCACAGGUGAUGGCAGGGAACUUUCGCAUGUCUUUCAACUGGACGUGGAACGUGAAGAAACAACCAUGGACGGACGAAAAGUCAAGAGCACAUACAAACGCAGUGGUAAGAAUAUCACCCAACACGAAAAGCAGGAAAACGGGAUGGUUAUCGUCUACGAACGUGAAAUCAUCGGUGACGAACUUCACGUGAAAAUUUCCUGCGGGGAUCUUAAAGCGCACAGGGUCUUCAAGAAGUUGUGAAUGCCUGUCGAGAUGACAAGUGUUGCUACGCUUGUUUUAGUUUAAAAAAUCGUAUUAGCCGAACCCCUCCUCCCUUGAAGCUAAAAUACAAGAAUUUUAAACAACUA